AUGUCACUAAACACCAAAAAUCAGUUGGAAUUCUCAACGAAGGCGAUGGAUUUCUCAGACGAUGUCUUCAAAGAUGUCUUUGGUGGCUUGUACGAGCCAUUUGCAGGCCUGAAUGAGAUGGAUUUCGAGUUGUACGGUAUCUACAUGGAUCAUGAACCUCAAAACGAAUUUCUUUCUCCUCUGAACAAAUGUAAGGAUUCUUUUCUGAAUGUACUUCUUAGUGAUGAUAAUCUACAUAAUUCUAGCAUAGCUGAUGAGGUUUGUAUGAAAAACUAUGAAGUGACAAAUGGAUAUGGGAUGUAUUAUGAGAAAUGUGACAACACAAGGUUAGUAGUGAGAUGUGGAAAGAGGGGUCAGGAUAAGGAGAAGGAGAAUCAAUAUCCUUUUAGACUGUAUGUAGGGUGGAUGUACAAUGAUAAAACAGUCAAGUAA